CGCGCGCAGCAUCGACGCCCGCCCCCGAUGAGCCAGAAGAGUCCGACGCCGAGGCCACCUCGUCCGAGGAAGAUGAGCCCGUCGAGGCCAACCUCGCCACCAGGACGCGCCGCAACAAUGCCGGCAACCGCAUGGCCGCCUUGAUCGAGGACGAGGCCGCAGCAGAAGUCGAGGAGAUGUUCAAGGAGGAGGAGGACGACAACGAGUUCGAGAACAAGGAGGAGAAGGACGAGUUCGACUCGGAUUUCGGCUCGACCGACGAGGACGCGGGCGACGACGAGGACGACGAGGAGGCCGGCGAGCGCCAGCUCCGUCGCGAGGCAAAGGAGGCCAAGAAGGCCGAGCGCGGCAAGCGCAAAGGGUUCCAGGCGCCCGUCCACCCGUUCGCCCGCCAGACCAAGGCCGCUCGCAAGGCCGCCGCCGCCAAGCAGGCUGGCCCCGUCGCGUCCACCUCGGCGACGACGCUCGACGAGGACGGCGAACCCGUCAAGAAGCGCAAGAAGGUCGCCGUCGACCCGGCGUUCCUCGUCCCGCAGCGCGAGAGCUCGCGGCGCCAGGCCGUGCAGAACAAGAAGCAGGUGCAAGACCGCCUCAAGGAGGUCGAGCAGCGCAAGGCCACCACCACGCCGCGACCGACCAGGAAGCAGCAGGCGACGCUCACGCAGGCCGACCUGAUCGCCGAGGCGCUCGAGACCGAGGAGCAGAACCGCGCCGCCCUCCUCGCCUUCUACGCCGCCGAGGAGGAGCGUCGCGAGGCCGAGCGCGUCGCCGGCAUGCGCUACGAGAUCAUCGGCCCAAAGCUCACGUUCCUGAGCCGGGUCCAAGAUCGCGUCGACAACAAGGGCAAGGGCAAGGAGGGCGACCAGGACCAGAUGGAGAAGGGGCGGCGGCGGCUCAUCGAGGUCGUCGGCGAGUCGGGGUCCAAGGGGUGGAAGGCGAGCGGCGCCGAGACGGGCGGGCUCGUUCACGAGCACGACGCGGCGACCGGUCGAGGGCGCAAGAGUGCGACGACGGCGUCGACGUCGCUCAACUCGAUCCUCAACUCGGCCGACCACACGCCGGGACCGUCGACGCCGCCCGAGCCGCAAGAGUACGCCCGCAACUGGCUCGUGUUCGACAACUUCGAGGGUUCGCGCGCCGACGAGCUCGAGGCCAUCUUUGGCGACCACGCCGACUGGAGCAAGAGGCCAAUGCCUGUCGGCCAGCUCGGCAUCUGCCCUUUCACCGGCCUCCCCGCACGUUACCGCGACCCCCUUACCCUCGUCCCCUACGCCACCAUCUCGGCCUUCCACCAGCUGCGCGCCAUGGCCUCGCCGCACCCGCCCUUCGUCUGGUCCGACAGCCUGAGCGCCUACACGGGCGCGAGCGGCUUUGGCCUCAUGGCCGACGUCGAGCUCGCGUGGGGCCGGCGCCAGCACGCCCAGCCCGAGCGCUACGCCGCCGCCGGCCCGCACGCCCAGCUGCAGUACCAGCGCGCGACGUCGGCGCUCCCGCCCACGCUCUACUUCUCGACCGUGUCCGGCGCCGGCUCGGCGCAGCAGCAGCAGCAGCAGCGAGCGCCUCGGCAGCAGCACGCGCCCGAGGACAACCCGUACAAGAUCUCGUACGCCCACGCGGGAGGGUCCGGGCGAGGGCAGCGCGGGCGCGUGUCGCUCGACGCGGCGGCGGCGCAGGCGCAAGGUGCUCCUCUCCCGCCGCCUCAGCAGCAGCAGCAGCCGGCGCCGGUCCCGCAGCAGCACGUCCCGGCGCCGGUUCAGCAGCAGGCGCCGCCGGCGAGGUCGAUCCCGGGUGCGGGCGCCGCGUUUGGCGGCGGCGUGAGCGUCAACGCGCAGGGUCGAGCGGUGCUGCCGCCGCUCGGCGGGCUGCCGCCACUGCCGUCGUUCCCGUCGUAGCGUCGCUCGAGGAGGAUGGGCGAGAGGGGGAGGGCGCGCAGGGCGACGUCUCGCAACGGCUUUU